ACCGGUCGGAACAGCAGUCCUUGGUGGAACACUCCGGUCCCAGGACCACCACGGAAACCUCCACCUAGCACGGCUGGUGGUGGCGCCCUCUUUGUGCGAAAACCUGUUUUGGAAGUAGUGCGCGCCUAAAGUUAGGCAAACUGUUUCUUUGGUGUGAGGAGGGGGGUUGAAAAACAGAUCGUGUCAGUGAUAUCGUUAGAAGGGAAGCCCACUUUUUAACGGUGAAAGUUUUUUCCUAGUUUAAAUCAGAAAGGAAAAGCGAAAACGUGUGUGUGGUUUGGUGCGAAAUUUAUGGCUCCGUGAAGGCAAAAAGAAAGAAAGUUUGCACGCCAUUUGGCGCCUAAUUGGGCUUUUGCGCCUGCAAGGGCGGCAACCCGGACAACAUCACCUCUAUCGAAAUCGAAAGAAAAACGUUGAAAUGCGUGCUGGAAAAGAGGAGGUUUCGUUUUUCAAAAUCACACCAACAUGUGCACCAAGUUCCCGAAAAGGUGUCUAGUCGAAAAAGUGCCAAGCUUUGGAAUUUGUUAAGGGAGGGGUGUCCUUUCAGCGCCCAGUCGGUUAUUGUGUGUGAGUUCGAGAAUUCCUGGUAGAGUGGAGGGAAGGAUAGACGGGUUUGGAGUGGAGCUUCAGGAGUGUGUCCAGGGGACAAACAACAAAUAAAACACAAAAAUGUCGAAGCUGAAACUCGUCGGCGGAAGGCCAAUCACCAUCGAUGAGGCCAUUGAACUUCGCCAAACAGUAUUCGGCUCGGCAGCCAGUCCACCCCGGGGCGAAUGGACCCGCACCGGGAUAAACUAUGGUGCCGCUAGUGGAGAGUACCCGUACGGGCUGCGGACACCUCGAAACGCGACCCGCGGCAUGCAAUCGGUGCUGCAGGCCUUCAUCAUCAAGUAUUUUAUAUUCGAUUGUAAGCCUAGAGAUAAGUCUGUCGUGAUGGAGGAGUUGCUAAAGCCCACCGAGGCGGAACAGGCACAGGCUCUGUAUCUGGCAAUCUCGGACAUUCUGUGGAACAUUGGUGAGAAGACCAAGGCACUGAUUGUUCUGCCCGGGGAGAAUUCGCUGAUUCCGCACAGCCACGCCUAUUUCCAGGACAACGUCACCGAGAAGCUGUUCUUCUUCGAGUUUACCAAGCUGGACGAGAUGCAGAUCUUCAUGAAGCGGUACCUGCCCUACUUCACGGAGAACCCCGGUCCGGGUGCACUGCUGUUGCUGUACAGCGCCGUGGUCACGCGUGGCAUGGAGAAUCUGCGAAACGAUCUGGACGCACCAAAGGGAGCACAUUUGAUGGGUCCGUACGAGGAAGGCUCAUUGAAUAUAGUCACUUUGAUGCUAACUGGCCGUGCCACGCCGUACCUGCACAACGGCGUCGUUUACGUCGGCGACGAGGACCACUACGCCUUGCCCCAGUUUGGAAUUCUUGGCCGCGGAUCGAUCGGCCUUCUGGUUUGGGAAGGGGAAAACGAAGCGAUGCGAUCGGCCUCGCGACAGCCCGGAAGUCGGCUCAAAACUCCAGCCACGCCCGUUUGGGUGAGCUGUUGCUGCGGCCACUACGGAGUGCUGUUUAAUUCCAACCGGGAGUUGCUGCGGAACUACCAUGCCGAGAAGCGCUUCGAGCUGCACUACUACACCUGUGCCGGAUGUUACAUCUCGAUGACCGUCGAUAACCGCCAGCAGGAGGACGGGGCUGAUGAUGGGGAUGGGGACGGAGAGCGUAAGCAGAGUGACAUGGUGUCGACUCCGCUGGAGCGGUUGAUUCAUACCAAGUGGAUGGAGGCUAAGUUGACUUAUCACGGGCCGCUGCCGGCGUCGUUGAACUUUUAAGGGAUGAGGGAGCUGAGCAGUUCCGAAAGAUGUUUAGUCAAUUGAAACGAUAGAUCUGAUCGGAAAGGUUGGAGGAUGACCGAAUUAGUUUUACCAGUUUAAUAUGUUUAAACUUAAGAUGUGAACAAGAAGGUCACCCUGAUCACACUCAAUUUAGGUUUUCAUUAGAAUGAGAAGGGUGAUUGGAUUGGUUAUAGUUAUAUUUGUUUCAAAUUUGAAGUUUGGUCAAAAGAACAACUUUACUCUCAUGUUUGGGAUAGCAUGCCACUCGCCGUACAAAAAUUUGAUCGAGCGUGUGUCCAGAUCCAGAUCCAGUACAAAAACGUUUUUUUUUUUUGGUAAUCAGUUUCGGUAAAAUAUAUAAAUACUAUUGAAUUCAAGCAUUGCAAACGCUUCAAUCCAACACGCGUCACAUCAAAUCAGUGUUUGGUUUGAGGGAUUCUCAAAAUCAAUAUGCAAUCUUUAAUUACACAAGUAUAUUUUUCGUAAUUCAGCUUUUCUUUUCUAUGAAUUCCCUUUGCCAGAAUAGAGAUCUCCAAGGUUUCUCUCACGCACUCCAUCAUUCUGUGUUAGUAUUUGUAUUUGAAGUAUUGUUUUGGUUUUGAACGAUUGUGAUUGGCUGAAUUCCAAGCAGCUGAUUUUGUUUACAAUUUUUUACGCAGACAUAGCAAAUCGAGUAGAUCAAUCGUCUGUAAAAACCAGUUGUUUACCACGUGCUCGUGGUAUAACAAAGGACACAGCUGAUUUUGACAGACGAAUCAUUCUACUCGAUUUGCCUAUGUCUGCGUGUAAAUUUUGUUACAAACUAACACACUCUCGCGUGUGGAUAUCUCUAUGAGCCUUAAGUUUUCUAUACACUUUUGUGGGAUGGUCAUAGAAAAUUGGCAUGAGAAUAUUUGAAAAUCUGAAUCUUUAGAACGAAUUUUCUGAUCACUUUGGUGUCUUCGGCAAAGUUGAAGGUUAGGGAACUUAAUAAGGCAUCUUUUGUCUUUCAAUUAUGGUUGAUGUGAAAUCUGAUACGAAAGUUAUGAUCUUCUAUUAAAAAUAGGAUUUUUGAAAAAUAUCGUGCAUAUGCUCAUACUAAUUUAUAUGUAAAAUAAAAGUUCGAAUCUUAAAUUACUUAAUAUCCCUUUUGAUAAGUUUUACCGUUGUGAAUCUAAAGGCAUCCCUGAUUUAUUUAUUUUUUUACGUCAUUUUCAGUUUUUGCAAUCAGAAAAUGAGUCAUGAACGAAGAGAACCUCUGUAAUAAAAAUAUUCAAAGAGCUGUGAUUUUUUUUUGCAAUUUUCUAAUCUAAUUUAAUCUAAUCAGACCCUAGCGCAGCCAAUCUUUCGAAGGGAUCCUGGAGAGUGCCUUAGGUUAGAUGACGCCUAGCACUCUUCUUGUCAUUUAUUAACAUUUGUAGUGCGCCAUUGCAUUAGAAUGCAUUGAAACAUCACAAGCGUUAAAGCGGCCAGGCCUACUGCGUAAAGCCGUAUCGCAGAGAUGAUUCGUAAUUGGGUUGAGUUUGAGCACUGAGUGUUCGAACAACAACACAAUUCUGAAUCGACAGGGGAGGAAGAAGCGUGGGGACACACCACCAUACACUCCAAGAUUUGGUUGUAUUCGUUGGGAGCACCAUGCUAAGAAGGUUUGGUACUCCCGGACCCUCUGGGAUGGGACAUUGUAUUUCCACGAAUGCCCUGGACACUAUUUGCCGUGGUUAUAGCGCCACAACUCGCUCUCUGUAACAGUAUUCCUAAUUCCAGUCCACGCUCAUCAAGUCGCCAUGGCCUAGUGGUUAGCAUUUUUGCUUACCAAUCCAAAGGACGGAGGAUCGAACCCCGCCUCGAGCGACUUUGAUUUUUCGUUCAUAUUCAUCAUUUCAAAUUUCUGUGUUCUUAACUUUCUCGUUGGGAGUAGAUGGGCAUCGAACCCAGAACCAUUCGCUUACAAAGCGAACACCGUAACCAGUCAGCUAUAGCCGCUCCCUAUUUUUUCUGCAAUUUUCUAUUAUUAAACAUAUUGUUUGCUGAAAUACAGCCUCUUAAAGUUUGAAUUUGUGAUAAAUGAGCUUUUCUCAGAGUCACGUAAUUAGCCUUCAUUUUUUCGACGACGAUAUCUCGGAAAGGUUUAUUCAAUCCAAUUCACGGAUUUCCACUGUUGGAAAAACUUGUUCGGCAAAACUUGAGAGAUAAUCCUUCUUGCUAACUUAUCAUUACAUAACACAUGAUUUGAUUUCAAAUCAAAACGAUUGUAGAAGACAAUUGCAGAAUAAUUGAACGCAAAAGUGCUGAUAUGCCAACAUUAGGUCCUCGAUGAAAAUAAAUGCUCUUCCACUAUUGGUUAUGUUUCAAAUCUUGGGUGAGUUUUCAAAAAGCUGUAAGAGCCACCGUGACCUCCAACACUGAUUUUCGUUUUUCGCAAAAUUGAAACAAAAUUUCAUUUAUUUUUAAUUAAGGGCACUUGAAGGACGUGUAGAUGAACAAUCUCAAAUAUUUUUGAAAUUGGUUUAUCGUUAGAAGGUCGAACACCUAUGCAAAAAGGGCUUCGUUUACCAAUGGCUCUUACGUCCUUUUGAAAACAAAUCCGAGAAAUGAAUUGAAAAUAUUAUGAAAUUUUAUUUUAUGAUCACCCUAACAUUUAAAAAUGGUGUAUAUAUUGUUUUGACUGUUCUGAAAUACAAGGCUUAAAGACAAAUAUCGAAACAAGUAGAAAAAAUAAGUUAAUAAAAGAAAAUUGUAUGAAAUUUUCUCAGCUCUAUGAUCGUAUUAUUUGGAGGGGUUCUUUUCCAUGAUGAAUUUUUUUUAAUUGCAAAUAUAUUCGAAAAAUAAAGCUAAAAAAUCUUUUAACUUAAAAUUGUAAUUUACAUUAUUUUUUUACUUAUAAGAAUCAUAUUUUAGUACCAAAUGUUGCACCAUCCUAAACUCUGGCGCAUGAGAUUGUUCUCCCUUUAAACAUAUUUUUUUACGUUGGAAAUUUAACUUGUAGCAAUAAGAAGUGAAAUAGAAAAAAAACAUGAAAUUAUUUUUCCGUGUUGCAUUUUUUUUCUAAGCUAAGGCUACCAAAUCUUGGUGAGCAAAAAUCAGUACACUUUGCUGAUAUGACCCAUGGAAUAGCAUAAAUUGUUAAGGAAUUGUUUCGAUCAAUUACAAAACUGUGUCGUAUUUUACAAAAGUUUACAAAUUUUACAGAGUGCUCACGACUUGCACGACUUGUAAAAAAUAAAUAAAAAUCUUGAAGAAUUUUAUGAUUUUAAAAGAAUUUAUCACCAUCUUGAAUUCAAAUUUCAUCACCGUGUGAACUGAUAAAUCUAAAAAAAUCUAUGAAUUUUUCAAUUCAUAAUUUCAUAAAACUUUGUUGUAUCAGAUUCCGAACCCGAAUUUUGGCCGAUUUUUGCGUAUGACGAUGUAAAAUAAUGUAACCUUCAAAGUCGGGCUACCUUUAUGCUCACAAUAACAUUUUUUUUAUAAGCAUCGCAGAUGUAGAAUUAUAUUUUUGCUUAUUACUAUUAUUUUUUAUAUUGGUGGAGCACUUGAAAUCAAACCAUUUAAAAUAUUAUAACGUAUUGGAAGUGUUUAGCAACAAAAUGUAAAAUAUCAUGUAACUUUUUGCAGCAAUACAAGUACCAACCAACUUUUUAAAUGUUUUGCAACGUUCUUUAACAUUUUUGAUCGUACAAUUUUGUUUAAUUAUAACUUGAGUAAUUGCAUUACCCACAGGUAAAAUCUGUAAUAAUUACAUAAUGGAGAGAUGAAGCACAGAUGGCAAAAACUUUUUUAAGGGCAUUUCUUAUUCAUUGCUAUUUACAAAUCAUUCCAAAAUAAUUUGAGGGAUUUUUUUUCUUCGUUACAAGCGAUCAUUUGUGUUUUUAAAAAAUGAUUCAUAAAAUUGGAACCAACAGAGUUUGAGAAAUUUAUAUUUAAUUUUUUUUUGUGAUCGAAUUAUAAUCAUUAAUCAUGAUUGAAGAACCCAGACAUACAUUACAAAUCGUUAUUCAAUCUCAACCAUAACCAAAACAUGAUUUGAUAAAUAAACUGUCGUCAUGUUCAACACACUUUAAAUCACCAAUAAGAUAUCUGCAGUAGUACAAGCGUAGCAACGAGGGUGUUAUGCAAGUUGUAUAAAACAUCUUCGUUGUCACAAACAGCACCAGUGUUACACUUUUUUACGUUGCAAAAUCGUUCCGUUUCCCAGGAACAACUAGAGCUUAGCUACGAUGUGAUACUACAAACGCCAUUAUUAGAAAAAAUAUCGCUAAAUGUUUCCUAAUAUGACCCUAAACAUCAGAAUACAGGUGGUUAAUGUGUACUUAAUGA